AGCUCCCUAUCAACCCACAAAUUCACUGAUCAGUCGGCCAGGCACAAUUCAUCCCACCGCCCAGCCAAGCGAAUAGCCAUCAGCACUACUAGCCCUACAACACUCUAAUUCUAUUGUCAUCUGUGCCAUACUCCAAACGACAACGACUCCAUUACCGCCUACAACACCAUCCCUUAUCUACUUUGAUACGUUUCGGUAGCGCACUUGCCUAGGACAUUUGAACGACGAUUCGGCGACCGCGUCAUCAGCCUACCUUGGUCCCCCGCCAUGGUCCAGUAGUCUUGGUUCAUCAGAGCGGCCGCUGUUCCUACCUGCAGCCUGCGCUGGCGUCGACCAAGACCCCCUUCCAUACCACCACACCUUGUCUUCGCCUAGCUGUCUGAUUGGCAACUGCCUAUUCUCGCGAUGCAGUCAUUCAAAGCCGUCUUCUUCAAAGCAGAUCCCAAAGAACAGAAACGAAAAUGCGAUGCCAUCAUACGCAAAAACGUGCGCGGGCUAGACCGGGACAUUCAGAACCUCAAAGUCACUGAGCAGAAGACACGAUCCCUCAUCAUCAACUCCUCCAAACGUGCACAAAAGAACCCCUCUCAGGCGAAACAAGCUGCGGAUGAGACACGAAUAUAUGCCCGGGAAUUACUGCGGGUCAGGAAGCAAGCUGGGAGGCUACACACUUCAAAGGCACAACUUCAGAGUGUACAGAUGCAAGUCAACGAGGCCUUUUCAGUGCGCAAGAUCGAAGGCAGUCUGAAGGCUAGCACUGGCAUCAUGAAAGACGUCAACACACUGGUUAGAUUACCGGAGUUGACCGGCACAAUGCAAGAACUAAGCCAAGAGCUAAUGAAAGCCGGCAUUAUCGAAGAAAUGGUCGGCGAUGUCCUUCCAGACGAUCAGCUACUAGAAGGCGAGGAUGAAGAGGCAGAAACUGAAGUGGACAAAGUGCUCAGCGAAGUGCUGAAGGGGAAACUGGGCGCACCGGAGCAAAAGAUCCCCGAUUUGCCUGUGGAGGAAGAAGAGGAAGAGGCAGAAGACAGAGAAGCCGAGUUGGCGCAGAUGAGAGGCCGAUUAGAGGCAUUGAAGAGUUGAGUGUGUCUGGGUCUUCUAAACCCUAUUUCUGGCAUGAGGUGGUAGUGAAGUCAGCCGUGUCGACAUGAAUUGAACGAGAUACGAUGGAUGACGUUGAACUGAUUGCAAUUCUUGAGUUGACACCAUGGGAAUUGACGUGAAUACCUUGGAUCAAUGCAAUUGGCAUAGAUAACCACGGAGAAUGUGUAUAGUACUCAGGUCCCUCAUGCGCAUAUUGAUCACGACAGGUGCGCCGCAGGCAAGUCUCCACCCACACCCCGCC